AUGCCACCACCCUCAGACACUGUCAAUCACCAUCUGAUAUCUCAAAUAUCCACAAACCUGUCAAACACCCUCUCCUCCUUCGGGCCUUCGUCUACCCAAUACGCUGCAGUGCUGGAUAUGUUGAGAGAGAGUAUUCUUCGGGAGUUGGAGAGGGAGAAGGAGAGGGAGAGUGUGGAAAUGAGCUGUGUGCGGGUUGAUAGUAGUGGUGGCGAUGGUGAAAACAUCAUUGAGGGGUUGAGAGAGCUGUUGGAAAAGGCGUUACGUGUUUAA